AUAUAUAUAUAUAUAUAUAUAUAUCUUCUCUAAUAUAUUGAUAGUUAUUGAUUUUCGAUUUGAUGAUCCAUUAUUAUCAUUUCAUCAUAUUGAAAUUCAUUAUUAUGUAACAUAUAAAUAUUCAUGAGUGAGUACAUCAUGUCGUUGUGUUGUUCGAUAGUUUUCUUUUUUUGUAUUUUUAAAGACACUUGUUUCUAGAUGUUUGUUAUUUUAACAAUAAUCAAAUAUAGAAUUAACUAAUGAUAGAGAUUAGCAAAUAAUAAAUGAGUUUUUGUUUUCGUUUUCUGAAAUCAUAACUAGUAAUCAAUAUUAUUGAUGAUAAAUAUUAGUAGUUUAGUAGUUAAGAUAUUCAAUGUUCACAGGCUUGAAUACUAUUCCAUCUAUUUUUGGUUAUAGUUCCUGAGUAGUAUCUUAGUAGGCUUCAUAAAAUAACAUCAAGAUAGACAAAUGAGUGUUUUUUUUGCUAUUUUUUGUAAUCACUAGGAGAUUAUCAGUUGUUUGUAUUUGUUUAUUAGUGUUGAUACUGUAAUUUACACACUCACUUACUUGUGUUUGUUACUCCCAUAGAGUAUGAACCACCGAACAGCAUUCUUUAACCUAUUCUGUUUUCGGCCUUCCUUUCUAGUUCUAUUAGAUUGUUGUUUAAUCUUGUCAUGUAAUUCACAUGGACAACUUUUAUUUCAACUAGCUGAUAAUCAUUACUUACUUUGAAUUAUUUUUUCUGGUUAGCGUAUUUUUUUGAAGAGUUAGUUUUUUACGGGAUGGAGUCGCUAACCUCAUGCCCGACUAUCCUUCUUUAUCUAGGCUUGGAACCAGAAAUGGAGCAAGAGAAGCUUCAGGCGGAGUUUGGUAUUCAUUAAUAAUUAAUUAAUAAAUAUAUAAUGAUAUGAUUAUUGGGAAAAUAUUAAACCACCAUAGUAAUUAUAAAGAAUAUUGAUUUACUGUGUAUAAUUUUAAUUUUUGUCUAUAAAUUAAGGGAGUUUAAUAAUAACUGUCACAUAAUGAAUUCUAUAUGUGUCCAUCAUCAUCAUCAUCAUCAUCAUCAUCAUCAUCAUCAUCAUCAUCAUCAUCAUCAUCAUCAUCAUCAUCAUCAUCAUCAUCAUCAUCAUCAUCAUCAUCAUCAUCAUCAUCAUCAUCAUCAUCAUCAUCAUCAUCAUCAUCAUCAUCAUCAUCAUCAUCAUCAUCAUCAUCAUCAUCAUCAUCAUCAUCAUCAUCAUCAUCAUCAUCAUCAUCAUCAUCAUCAUCAUCAUCAUCAUCAUCAUCAUCAUCAUCAUCAUCAUCAUCAUCAUCAUCAUCAUCAUCAUCAUCAUCAUCAUCAUCAUCAUCAUCAUCAUCAUCAUCAUCAUCAUCAUCAUCAUCAUCAUCAUCAUCAUCAUCAUCAUCAUCAUCAUCAUCAUCAUCAUCAUCAUCAUCAUCAUCAUCAUCAUCAUCAUCAUCAUCAUCAUCAUCAUCAUCAUCAUCAUCAUCAUCAUCAUCAUCAUCAUCAUCAUCAUCAUCAUCAUCAUCAUCAUUAUCAUCAUCAUCAUCAUCAUCAUCAUCAUCAUCAUCAUCAUCAUCAUCAUCAUCAUCAUCAUCAUCAUCAUCAUCAUCAUCAUCAUCAUCAUCAUCAUCAUCAUCAUCAUCAUCAUCAUCAUCAUCAUCAUCAUCAUCAUCAUCAUCAUCAUCAUCAUCAUCAUCAUCAUCAUCAUCAUCAUCAUCGUCGUCGUCGUCGUCGUCGUCGUCUUCAUGCUGGAAGGUAAACCCUUUGAGUAAUAAUUGAACAUACUACGUGACUGGAUAAAAUGGAAGGAUAUAUGUUAUUAUGUGACAUUAAUUUUUCUUCUUUAGUAACAUCAAUCAAGUUUUUUAUUAAUUUAAGUGAACGUUUAUUAGGUAAUGUUUCAUGUAUUGAGAAUAUUGUGCAUUUCAAAAUAUGUAAAUGACUUAUUUCAUUUGUAUUAAUGUAUGUGUGAGUGGUCUGUCCUUACAAAUUCAUACACAUUAUUAUACAAUUAGACCGAAGGAAAACUUCAACAAAGAAUGGAGUAUGAAAACUCAUUGAACGCUGAAAAUAAACUGAAAACUAAAUUUAUUGUUCUAAUCCAUAUGAAUUUUCUUUAUAUCUGAAUAUACUCAAAUUUUAGGUAUAGAGGAGAUUGGGGUAUAUCUGAGACUCCAAAUUAAAUCGUCAGUAGUAGUUCAUGCCAUUUUCAACAAUUUAUUUAUCCCAGCCAGGGAGUCGUGAAGGACCAACACAAGCUAGCCCUUUGCAGCUUUCUUUCAUACCACGACACCAUGUCAUACACUGACCACCUCUCCACUCUUUCCAACCAGUCCCAACGUCCACAAAUAAUGCACCACGUGGAAUUCUCUGAGACGACAUUCGUAGAACAUGUCCAAGCCACCGAAGUUGGUGUUUAAAGAUGGUGACAUCGAUUACAUUAUCGUCUCUGUGCCCGAACACACGAUGCCGAACCUCUGCAUUACUAACAUGGUGUUGCCACUGGAUGUCAGCAAUCCCUCGGAGACAGCGAUUAUCAAACACAGAGAGUCUUCUAACAUCCUCAACUCGGAGAGGUCAGGUUUCACAAGCAUAGAGCAAAACUGCUCUCACCGACGCGUUGUAGAUCCGACCUUUUCCAGCCAGAGUGACAUCACGAAGGCGCCAAAGGUGGCCCAGAUUGGCAUAGGCCACUAUGGCUUUGACUAUACAUACAUUGAUCUCAUCACUCACGCCACCGCCAGCAAUUAUGCAGCUACCUAGAUACACGAACUUCUCGACUACUUCUAUCUGCUCACCAUCCAGGGUGAGUACAGGAUUAGGAUCCUGCCAGUUUUUUAGAAGUACUUUGCACUUCAAAGGUGUGCAAAGCACAUACCAUACCUACGGACACUGAUUGCCAGCUGAUUAGGUGCAGAUUGCAUGGCUUGGGCACUAUCGCACAGUAAGACAAUAUCAUCCGCAUACUC